UUUUUUUUUUUUUUUUUUUGGUUUGAUCUCAUUUCGGUAUCGAUCAAGUUUCAUCUCUUCGCGACAGUCUUUUCUCCCAACUUUACUUCGACGACGUCUGACUUCAAGACGAGACUUUUUCUUGUCGCUUCGCGCGAUUCCAAUUGACAAACGUCAUCCGACGACUUGACACCGACCGACCGACCGACCACCAUCCGACUGGCGACACGGCACAUAAAGAAGGGAGGACGAGAUAACAAGAUGGGCAACUUUUGCUCAACCUGCUUCGGCGGUAGGAGGAGCGAUGACUACGAUGAGGAGGACGAGGCCCAGCAUCUCUUCGACGAGAACAACAUGCACUACGGUAGCUUUGAUCAGCAACACAUGAUGAACCAGGAAGACCCCCAAGAGACAGAAAGGGAAAUUGCGGCUCUGCAGGGCGUGGUGGAACGCACAUCAAAUAACAUGGUCGACAUCUAUGAUAUGGUCCCGCAUGACAAACCCAUGCAAGACGCUCCUGUUCCCUACGGCUUUGCCGGCCAGCGCUACAAUGCCCUGCUUUCCAAACUCUCAACCCACGACGACAUGGCCUCCGUUGCACGGGUUGACUGGGGCACCCCUGAGGACGACAGCAUGGAGAUGCUGCGUAAAGCUUCCUUGCCAACCAUCCCCAUCAAGGCUGAAGGAGGCGAGGCCCUCGUCGGUAACUUUACCGAUGCCGCUGCCGCCAUGCGCUGAAACCAUACCACGACAUCAAAACCGUGACUUGUUGUCCACCUGAUGCCGACGGCAACAUGACAGAACAUCCACAGUAUCCUCCGACCCAGAAUAUACCACACCAUACGUUCAGCAAACCAGAACCACCUGACACAACAAUAAAUCCGGGACUCCUUGGCCAUGCCGAUACGAGGUGGCAUGCCCAAGUUCG